AUGGACUUCCUGUCGGGGUGGAUUGUGUCUCCUUCAGCUCUACCCUUUCUCUGUCUCGUCUGGGGCACGCUGGCCCAGCAGGCCUUCAGGAUUGAGCCCAGGAACCUCACUGUGCGGAUGGGAGGCACAGCUGUGCUGAGGUGUGAGGUGCUCCGGGCCUCAGGGACUGUGCAGUGGGUGAAAGAUGGCCUCCUCCUGGGACCUCAGAGAAGCCUGCCAGGCUUUCCACGCUACAGCAUGAUUGGAAACCCCAGGAGAGGGCAGCAUCAUCUUCAGAUUGAAAAGGCCCAACUGGAAGACGACACCGCCUAUGAAUGUCAAGCGGGCCAGUCUGAGAGCAGUCGAGCGAUUGUCUCCGCUACAGCCUGGGUCAAAGUAAUAAUUCCUCCAUCGAGCCCUUACUUUGAGGUGGACAUGGCAACACCAUGGGUCGCAGGCAAGAAGUACACCGUCGCUUGUGUUGCCCCUGAUGCAAAGCCCAUGGCUGAAAUCACACUUUAUAAAGACGGAGUCGAGCUGACAGGUGCAGAGUCUUUCAACAUGGAUGGCUCAAAGGAUAAGCUCCUGAACACGCAUGCUAACGUAACAGUCACUGCUCUGGGCUCUGACAACGGGAGGCAGCUGGCAUGUCGCGCCAAGAACUCCCCCCUUUUCCGGCCCGUGGAGACCACGUUGACCAUGAGUGUGUUCUUCCCACCUCAGCCUCCAGUUAUUGUGGGUCUGGAUUCAGACGAGGUCAAAACAGGGAGGAUGCUCACGUUGGAGUGUGUGUCUCAUGGUGGAAACCCCCUAGCCACUCUCCACUGGACCAAGAAUGGAAAAGUUCUGUCGAAGACUUGGGAAGAGGACAUCGUGGCGCAGAAGUCCAGCAGUGUCCUCAACCUGAAGAUCACCCCUGCUGAUAACCAGGCUGAGCUGUGCUGUGAGAGUGUCAAUAUGGUGUCCCUAUCGCCUCGCUCUGUCAUCCGCAAAAUCACUGUGCUCUUUGAACCUGCUGAAGUGAUUCUCUUGGGUUCAUUCACGGCCGUUGAAGGACAGGAGCUGAACGUGGGCUGCUUUGCCAGCUCCAGUAAUCCCCUGGUCCAGAUUCGCUGGUGGCUGGGCCACAAGGAGCUCAACAACACUGUCGUCACUGAGGAAGAGGGAGACAAUGGUGGGAUGACAACCAUGUCCAACAUGACCCACCAGGUGUCCAGGGAGGAGGAUGGGCUGGAGCUCACCUGCGUGGCCUUCAACAGGGGCUCACACUUCUCCAAGAGCCAGAUGACCAAACUCACUGUGUACUAUCCCCCUCAGAAGGUUUGGCUUGAAGCUCCUCCUCAAGAUGUCCCCCUUCAUGCAGGCACCAAAGUCCGUCUGACUUGCUUCUCCACUGGAGGGAAUCCCACUGGGGCUCUGACCUGGUUCAAGAAUUCAAAGCCAUUGACUUAUGCGACGAAGCAGACCCCCUCGGAUCGGGGUGUGGCCCGAGUUCUGGUCCUGCUCCUGACAGCCAGCGACAACAUGGCUGCCUUCCGCUGUGAUUCCACAAAUGAGGCACAGAAAACCAUCUCUGCCCACACGAAGCUUCGGGUUCAAUUUACAGCAUUAAGCAUGACGAUCACAACCUCACAGGAGGAGCUUCGUCGGGGGCAGACGGUGACUCUGGAGUGCCGGGCUGGGAGCAGUAAUCCCAAGGCCAACGUCUCCUGGAUCCUGGGCGCCCAAAGGUUCCAGGGAUUGGAGCAGCCACCCAGGGCGGCUCAGUAUGGCGGCGUUUCAGUGCUCAGUUCUUUAUCUCUGAAUCUGAGCUCACAGCAUCACAACCAGAAGGUCAUCUGCCAGUCCUACAGCCCCGUGCUCGUCGAGGGGACCAAUACAUUCUUCAAACUCAACGUUCUUUACCCACCGGAGUUCAGCCCUCACCAGCCGAGACGCGUCCGGGUGGUGGAGGACGAAACGGCCGCCAUUCCUCUGCUGGUCUCCGCGAACCCGGAGGAGGUCUCCUGCGUUUGGCUGCAUCGCAAGGAGGUGCUGGUCAAAGACGAGUAUCUGCUGGAGAUCAAGAAUGUGACGAGGAAAGAUGCAGGAGUUUACACCGUCGUGUGUGAAAAUGAAGAGGGCGUCAACCGAACCUCCAUCAUGCUGGAUGUUAAGUAUGCCCCCGGUGUCAAGGUGGAGAAAGACCCAGUGUUUGUGAACAUGGGGGAAACAGCAGACCUGAUAUGUGUGGCAGAUGCCAACCCCAUUAUACCUGACAUGUUCUCUUGGAAAUGGCUGGGAGAGGGGGAGGCGGAGAUGAGAGAGGAGACCCAGGAAGACGAAUCAGGCCUUCUGACCAUCCAUAAUGUGACUCGGGCUCAUGCUGGUAUUUACCAGUGCACAGCCAAUAAUGGCAUAGCACCCCCUGCCAGUGUAGAUGUGCAGCUGGUCGUGCAAUUCAAACCAGAGCUUCAGAAAGGAGCCCAGUGGAGGAAGGUGGCCAGCAGAGGGGAUGGAACCACGACAGCUGAGGUUGUGUGUCAGGCAGAUGGUAUUCCUCGGGUCGACUUCUCCUGGGAAAAAAAUGGCUUACGCAUGGACUUUACAAACCCGAGGUAUGAGGAGCAGACCGUGAGGGGGGGCUCCUACCACACCAGCACGGUUCGAGUAGUAAAUGUGACUUCAGCUCAUGACUAUGCCGUCUUUAGCUGCACUGCUCUCAACGCACUUGGGGAAGACAAGCUAGACAUCCAACUCGUCAGCACAAGUCACCCAGAUCCUCCCUCGUCAUUCAGCCAAGUCAGUGUUACCCACAACUCUGUCACGGUGGAGUGGAUCCCCGGCUUCAAUGGAGGCUUGCGGCAAAGAUUCCGUGUAAGAUACCGCUGGGAUCAGUCCGUCAGUUUCCUCUACGUGGACGUCUUUCCUCCCAGAGCGACGAGCUUCACUGUCACCGACCUGCAGCCGGCGACCACCUACAACUUCUCUGUCAAUGCCCUCAAUGCAAUGGGGGAGAGUGGCUAUGCUGACAACAAUGCAGUACUGACCAUCACCACCAAGGAGAAGCCAGAAGUGGAGGAAAUCCCACCAGACGAUGACUCAGACACUAUAGGUGCAGGAGGGCUUCCAGUGUAUUUGACCGUGGUGUUUACAGUGGUGUUUGGAGUCCUGCUGGUGUUGAACUCACUGGGCUGCUUCUUUGGAUACAGGUGGAAAAAGAGGCGAGGUCAGACAGGGGCUGGAGGAGGGAGUGUAUCGGAUGGUAAGAAGAAUGAGGAGGAGGGGUCCAGUCAGUCAACUAUAAGCAACUCCAACAAGUAUGAGAGCAGAGAAAAGAUCAACGCCGCCGCCCAGCGCACCCUCCUCAUCGAGUCGGGAUCAGAAACCGACAGCAACGUCUACGAGAGUUACGCAGCGAGUUCCCAGAAUUAUUAUUACCCCACCGUUGACUACAUGCCAGCUCUCAGUCCGCACCCUGAGGAAACACACAGGCGCGAUGUCACGCACCAGCCUGUGGACUCUCACAGCCACGUGUAUGAAGAUGUAAGAGAUGGGGGUCCGCACCGGGGGAUCACGGCGUCUUCUCCUCCGUCCUCGUUCAACCACCGAUUGCCUCAUCAGUGGAACAAUUGGGCAUCAUCAACAGGCCAUCAGCGUGCUGAGAGGACCAGGGAUUCUGCAGAUGUUCGACAACUGCCGCGGGUUUCUGAUCUUCCCUUUGAACAGCGAGGCGAGUUGGUCUAG